AUUAUAAUAUACCAAAUGGAAUGUAGCUUGGGUGCCGCUCUACCGCUAUUUCCAGCUAUUUCACCACUAUUUCACGUUAUUUAAAGUAUCGUGGCGUAGUGUAGAAUAAAAAUUACGAAUUUAUAACCAAAAAUUGAAUUAUUGCUGUCUGAAGUCCCUCUUUCUAUUUUCUGACUGAAUAUGGUGCGAGGUGGUCGAGGUGGAAUGCUCAGGGGAGGUCGAGGCGGCAUGGGACGUGGAAUGGGAUUUCCUCGGAAACAAUUUCUUCCACGUCUUCCAUUCGAUUAUACGUUAUGCGAAGCUGCAUUUCCGCGAGUUAAACCAGCCCCUGAUGAAUCAGACUUCCAAAUGGCACUUUUGAAAAAGAACACAGAUAUGUGUCCAACCCCAAAGGAGCAAACUUCCAUUUUAAAUUUGGUGACUAAGCUGCAGAGUGUACUUGAUAAUUUAAUUGUUACUCCAGGAAGUUUUGAAGCUUGUCAAUUAGAGGAAGUAAGACAAGUUGGUAGCUUCAAAAAGGGAACAAUGAUCAAGGGUCAUAAUGUGGCCGAUAUCGUUGUAAUUCUCAAGACAUUGCCUACGAAAACGGCGGUGGAAGCGCUCGGAACGAAAGUCAACAACGACUUGAAGACUGUGAAUCCAAAAGAAGUUUUCAGGCUUACUCAAACAGAACGAGGUUUCGAUAUCGGUAAUAACGAAGCUACAGUACGAGUAUUAAUCACUACGUUGCAUCAAAAUUUGCGGAAAUUGGAGUCUGAUCAACAUCUAGAUGUAAAGAUUUGUCAAGGUCACCUUGCCGCGAUUAGACAUUCCCGAUGGUUUGAAGAAAAUGCUCAUCAUUCCAGUAUAAAGGUUUUAAUAAGAUUACUCAGAGAUCUGAGAAGCAGAUUUGAGGGUUUAGAACCGCUAUCCCCUUGGAUGUUAGAUUUGCUGGCACACAAUGCUAUAAUGAACAAUCCUAGUAGACAAGCAUUACCCAUAAACCAAGCAUAUAAGAGAGUGCUCCAGUUACUUGCUUCUGGACUGUUCCUACCAGGAUCUGCUGGUAUUUCUGAUCCAUGCGAGGGUGGUAAUAUACGUGUGCAUACAGCUAUGACGCUGGAACAACAAGACUUGGUAUGCCUUACAGCUCAAACAUUGCUACGCGUCUUAGCUCACGGAGGAUAUAGACCAUUACUCGAAGGUACCAAUAAACUUGCCGUGGAAAUGAGCGUAUGGGCAGGUGGUGUGGUAGCUAGUCCCUUGGAUAAAGCUUACGAGCCUCCCACAGAACAAGAACAACAAGAAGAUAUGGACGAGAGUAACGAAGAGAUGAUAACAGAAAGCGCAUAACUUAUUAAUACAUAAUUUUAAUAAUUAUUUCAAUUUUCUUACUAUAAAAGAGAAGAAUUCCCCACUGUUUUCUAUGACGAUAAUUUAUUCGUACUCUUCUUUUUUUAUUCGAUAUAAAAAUUAAUGUAUUCAGUAUUGCAUAUGAAUUUAUUGAUGCAUGGUUCUUUUCUUAACCAUAACGUAAUUAGCGCCGACGCAUUUAGUUAACGUAAUUGAAUGUGGUACUGUACGUGAAUUUCACAGGAUUGCGAAUCGCGGUUCAAAUGGACUUUAUAUCUGAAAUAAAAACUAAAUUAUGUCUACAUAAA